AUGUCGUCCGCCCCCGCUAAGAAGGAGUUCCUCUGCAUUUUGCCGGAUGUGCCCGGUGCCCAGGCUAAGAGGUUGGAAGUGAGACCUUCGCAUCUGGAGGGUGUUAGGCCCCUCGUCGUGGCGGGGUCUGUUGUUGCGGGUGGCGCCAUGCUCGAAUCACACCCCGCCGAAGGCGAAACCCCGUCUUUCAAGGGCAGCAUGAUGCUCGUCAUGGCCGAGAACGAGGCUGAAGUACGCGCACUCUUGGAAAAUGAUAUCUAUGCGCACAAGGGUGUGUGGGAUUUGGCUAAUGCGCAGAUUAUUCCGUUCAAGUCUGCUGUGCGGAAGGAGCUGUGA